GCGAUGGUGUCGUCUCUUUGGUAGAAGAGCGUAGAGGAAUGCUUAGGGCCCUGGGGAAGUCGGGUGGUUCCUAGAGCGGCGGGGGGGGGGGAGGGAGAGAGAGCUUCUUUUCUCCCCUCUCGCUAGCAUCGGAGAGGGCCGACCUUUCCCCCCCCACGCCGAAAGCAGAGUCCGAGAGCCUUGCAAGCAAAGAAGCGUUUGCAUCAGAGCGAAGGAGAGAGCGGGGACCGAGGAGGAGAAGGAAGCAGACUUUGCUCAAAAAUACGGACAGAACAUUAGGAUCAGGGCAACAUGGAUGCCAGUGAGGGGAAUACAACCACUAGCUCAGUGAAGAAGAGAAAGUAUUAUUGCUACUUUAAGGAUGAAUGGUGCAAAGAAGAGGCGUUCAGAGGCUGGCUUCACAAAGUGGACAUGGUGACGGCCGAAUGCAUUCUGUGCCAUCAGGGAUUCUCCAUAAAAUAUGAGGGAAGAGGAGCAGUGACCAGCCACGCAGACAGCUCCAAGCACAAAGAACUGGAGAAACAACGCAAAGAAAUGCCAGAAAUCGUGACUUUUUUUAACAAAGCAAACUUCUCCCAAGAAGACAUGGUGACAGCGGCGGAGGUAGGACAGGUAUAUCACAGCAUUGUGCACCAUCUGAGUUAUGCGAGCCAAGCUUGUGCGUAUAAAACGCUCUCGCGGAUCUUACCUGAUUCGGUCGUGGCGAGAAAAAUGUCUUGCGGGCGGACGAAAGCCACCAGCAUUGCGGAAAGCGUCUUGGCCCCCAAGUCGCGGGAACUUUUGCUGAAGGACUUGGAGGCUGCGCCUUAUUUUUCCAUUGGAUCGGAUGCCUCCAACAAGAGGAAUAAGAAAUUCUUCCCGGUCACUGUGCGUUACUUUUCGGUGACCGAGGGAAUUAAGCACGGCCUGCUUGAUUUCUACAACGAAUUGACAAGCGAUUCGAUUGCAACACGGAUCGCCAUUAUUCUGCAAGAGAAUGGCCUCAAUGUGAGCAGAGUGUCAUCUUACAUGAUUGAUAAUGCCUCUGUGGAUUUUGCAAAGCACUGGGCAGUGUUCCAGGACCUCAAGCAACUUAAUGAUGGACUGAUACAAGUGGGGUGUAUGGGCCGUGUCAUCCACAACUGCCUCAAAAAGGGGAUGAGGGCGCUGAGUUUUGACGUAGAAACCCUGAUUUUCAAGAUAUACAGCGAGUUUUCGUCCUCACCCAAGAAGACCGAGUCCCUUACGUCGUUUUUUGAGUUUGUGGAAACAGACUACAAAGAUGUGCUUCAGCAGGUAUCGACGGGGUGGCUUGCUCUCCUGCCCGCCAUUGACCGCGUCCUCGAAAACUGGUCAGUGUUGAGGGCGUACUUCUUGUCAGAAGGGGACGAAGAGUGCGUGAAGAUCGUGUGGGAAGCGUUCAAUGCGGAAGAGCACGAGUCUCUCCCUCUUUGUUACGUUCACUUUGUGCACAACCUGAUGAGAAUAUUUUCCGACGCUGUGAAGAAACUGGAAUGCGACCAUGUCGGCAGCACAGAAUUGCACGGUGUCUUGGAAGGCCUCCACUGCAAGCUCAAGAGAAGAAGAGAGGACAAAUUCUAUGGAAGAUCCGCCCAAGUCAUUUUGGGCAACAUCUCUGUCUUUGACAACCAAAAAUUCACCGAGGAAGCGGAGAACAUGUUGACACAGUGCAUUGCAUACUUGGAGGAGUGUUACAAUUUCAAAGCUGCCGUUUUUGAGCCGAUGGCCGUGCUGUCGCUUAACAACGAAGUCAAGUGGCCGGAUUUGGUGGCUCUGGUGGCAGCCCUCCGCAUUGAGAUAGACAUCGACCAGCUCUACAAUGAGUAUUGCGUUCUGCAGAAGUUCCGAGAAGAGAUUGUCUCCAAGGAGCAGAGAAUAGAUCAGCGGUGGGUGAAAGUUUUCAGGCAAAUCCCGGAGCGUGCGGAGAGCCAGCUGCUGAAGUUGGUCUCUUUCGUGCUUUCCAUUCCCGUGUCCAACACCUUCUGUGAGAAAAUCUACAGUCUCAUGGCCCAGCUGUGGAGCAAGGACAGAAACAGACUGAGCGACAGUGUGGUGAAAGCCGAGCUGCAGGUCCAGCUGAACUUCAAUAUUUCCUGUGCGGACUUCCAUGAAUUCCUGUACAGGAACCCAGAGCUACUGAGAGCUGCAAGGGGUCAGCAGAAAUACAGGUUUAAAAAGGAAGAACCGGAGGGUGCUGCCUUUCCCUUGGCGAUCCAGUUUUAAGGGAGAUUGCGGCCAACCAGGGGGACACCAAGGAAAGGGAACAAUUGGAAGCCGGCGUCGUGCGGAUGCGCCAGAAAACUCUGAACUGGUUUGGGAGGCGUUGUUGGAGCUCAGCCGCUGUACGGAUUCAUCCUCUCUUGUCCUCUCCUCUUCAGUCUACUGUGCAGCGGGCGAAUUGGAAGCGUGGAGGUCGUCUUUGUGUUUGGAGUCCCGGUGUUAGCGCCACAGUGCAAGCCAGCCUAAACGGCCUUCCUCGCAGUCGACUGUCAGAAGACCCGCUGCCCGUAGCACAGGGAGGAGCCGUCGGCUGUCUCCCUCAGCCUCCCCUUGCUGCUGGCACCCGGACCAUCGGCUGCCAGCGCAAAAGAAGGGAACCAAGGACAGACAGACUGUCUUCACUUGCUAUCCUUUGUGUGGGUCUGUUUUCAGGCUGUUGAUUUCCACGAGUAGAGAGAAGUUCCGAGAUUUUAUUUUAUUACUUUUUUUUUUAAUUGUUCGGUGCCAUUUAAAACCAUCAUUGUGAGUAUUCUCUCUGAUUCUGGAAGGUGUAUCUGUACGGUUUUCUUUAAAAUGACUCGGGGUAGUGGGGAGGCUUUUCACAAAACGAGGAACCUUUAGGCAAAAUUAGAACCUCUGGAAAGUUUCCACUAACAGAAGGGUGGGAGGACAGUUUUUGCCACUUCCCGCCACAUGGUGCAGACUUCCAGAUCCCUCCUUUACCUAUUCUUGGGGACGUCUACCUCCAGAGCAGCACUUCUGAGGGAUUGUUUUGGGCUGCAGUGAGAAGGGGUGAGGCAAGGCAAUCCUGCUCCGGUGUUGGGACUCCCUUCUGCCUCCUGAGAUUUACCAGGGGAUCCAAGCCAUUGUGACUUUUUUUUCUUCGAUACUUGUUUUUUUUGGGGGGGGAGUAGCCUUGUGAUUUAAAAAUACCCAAGCGGGGAGAAGGGAUAAAUAAAAGUACCUAUGGGGUUUUGUGAGUGGGCAAAAAAACCCCAUCUAGACUGAGGUGGCGAUUGGAGGCAGGGAAAGAGUACAAAUGUAGGGUUUUUAAAAAAUGCUCUGUGAGUUUUUCCCCCAAGGCAAACACUGCUCUGGGGAAUCUUUUUUUAAAAUUUCUUUGAAGAGAUACAGGCCCUGCCGAUGACUUGGAGCAUGUUUGCCUUACCACAGGAAGAGAAGUUCUUGGGGUAAAAUAUACUCCAUGAUACAAUAUGUGUGAGGUUGUGUCCCCCCCCCCCCUUUUCCACGCAUGUUAGCAGGGUUUUAAUGUCUGUGAAAUGUUAGUUUUCAUUGCUUUGUUCAUUGUGUAUGGCAUACUGCUGUACUUUUUCUCUAAUUUUAUAAUCCAGUUUUGUUUCAUUUGUAUGUAUUACACAUAGUAUGCCUUUUUAAUUUUUAAAACUUUUAUUUCAACAGGUUAAUCACAGGUUACAUUGACAAAUACGCCAAAUUUGUCACAAGAAGUUAGUGGACAUAAUUUUUAGCAACACAAUGAUGUAAAUACAACAAAAUCUAUGUAUAGAUGCAUCUUGGUUAUCAUAAUAGAAACCCAUGAGAAUCAUUAUGGCACAACUGUUCGUAAUAAAGUUUACCUACAUAGCUAGAGAA